CCCGCUGCACCCCUGGGGGGCGGAGUGGGGGGGGCUGUCCCUGGGCCACCUGUGCAGUGUGGAGCUUAAACCCCCCUGCCCAGAAUCUCUGGGGAAGAGCUGGGUGAAGAGCUGUGGGCUGAGGUGCUGCUGAGAGGGCCCAGGCCCUCCACCCUCACAGCUGGCUGCGUUCCAAUCCCUGGACCACCCCCGGGGCAGCUGAGAAGGACAGGUAGCCAAGGCUGGCAAAGCAACCGGCUCAGUCAUGAGAACACAAAUUGAAGUGAUCCCUUGCAAGAUCUGUGGGGACAAGUCAUCUGGGAUCCACUACGGGGUAAUCACCUGUGAGGGGUGCAAGGGUUUCUUCCGUCGGAGCCAGCAGUGCAACGUGGCCUACUCCUGCACCCGUCAGCAGAACUGCCCCAUUGACCGCACUAGCCGAAACCGAUGCCAGCACUGCCGCCUGCAGAAAUGCCUGGCACUGGGCAUGUCCCGAGAUGCCGUCAAGUUCGGCCGCAUGUCCAAGAAGCAGAGGGACAGCCUGCACGCAGAAGUGCAGAAACAACUGCAGAGGCAGCAGCAGCAGCAACGGGAACAAGUGGCCAAGACCCCUCCUGCGCGGGGCCAAGGAGCAGACACCCUCACCUACACUUUGGGGCUUCCGGAUGGCCAGCUGCCCCUGGGCUCCUCACCUGACCUGCCUGAGGCCUCUGCCUGUCCCCCUGGCCUCCUAAGAGCCCCAGGCUCUGGGCCCUCAUAUUGCAGUAACUUGGCCAAGGCAGGGCUCAAUGGGGCCUCCUACCACCUUGACUAUAGCCCUGAGCGGGGCAAGGCUGAGGGCAGAGAGAGCUUCUAUAGCACAGGCAGCCAGCUGACCCCCAACAGAUGUGGACUUCAUUUUGAGGAACCCAGGCAUCCUGGGCUGGGAGAACCAAGACGGGGUCCAAACUACAGUAGCCCCAGUUUCCGCAGCACCCCAGAGACGCCUUAUGCCUCCAUGACGGAGAUUGAGCACCUGGUGCAGAACGUUUGUAAGUCGUACCGAGAGACAUGUCAGCUGCGGCUGGAGGACCUGCUACGGCAGCGCCCCAACAUCUUCUCACGGGAGGAGGUGACUGGCUACCAGAGGAAGUCCAUGUGGGAGAUGUGGGAGCGCUGCGCCCACCGCCUCACUGAGGCCAUCCAGUACGUGGUGGAGUUCGCUAAGAGACUCGCCGGCUUUAUGGAGCUCUGCCAGAAUGACCAGAUCGUGUUGCUCAAAGCAGGAGCAAUGGAAGUGGUGUUGGUCAGGAUGUGCCGGGCCUACAACGCUGACAACCACACAGUCUUUUUUGAAGGCAAAUACGGUGGCGUGGAGCUGUUCCGAGCCUUGGGCUGCAGCGAGCUCAUCAGCGCCAUCUUUGACUUCUCCCACUCCCUAAGUGCCUUGCGCUUUUCUGAGGACGAGAUUGCCCUCUACACAGCCCUCGUUCUCAUCAAUGCCAACCGGCCUGGGCUCCAGGAGAAAAGGAAAGUAGAACAGCUGCAGUACAAUCUCGAGCUGGCCUUUCAUCAUCAUCUCUGCAAGACUCAUCGCCAAGGCAUCUUGGCAGAGCUGCCACCCAAGGGGAAGCUUCGGAGCCUGUGUAGCCAGCAUGUGGAAAAGUUGCAAACCUUCCAGCAUCUCCACCCCAUCGUGGUCCAAGCUGCUUUCCCCCCACUCUACAAGGAACUAUUCAGCACUGAAAUCGAGCCACCUGAGGGGCUGUCUGAGUAACCUGCCCUAGAGCCUGCUGGCCCACCUCCAGGGACCCCCUUCCACCUCAGUCUUUUCCUGUCCUGUAUCAUCUGGAGGAUGGUCCCCACAUGUUCUCUGGGAAUGAGCAAGUGCUGAGACUGGUCUUCUGCCCACAGACUUGCCUGGCAGUGGGACAGUAGCCAGGGGGUGGGGAUAGUGGUACACCGUCUCCAGACUCAGCUCUGUUUUGUCUCAUCUCCCACUUCAGCCCCAGCUUCUGGGAGGCUGUGGUGCAUUGGGAUUUAAGGACUUCCAGGAGGACCAGGGCAUCAUCAGGACAACAGGGAAUCCAGGCCACUCUGGAAGAACACAACUCAACUCUGGGCUCAGAAGCUAAGAGCAGGUCUUUGAAAUACCUCAUUGCCUCUCCCUGUGGGCUUCAAGCUGGGGGAGAUGGAUCAAGCUCAGAGACUGGCGGCUGGAGCCCAGAAGGACCUGUAUAUAACAUGAAUUUGAAUCUUUAGAUUUUCUGCCUUCCUCCUUCCUCCCGCCCAGAAAGGAAGUGGUUGGGCACCCUGCCCUUUUUCCAGGGCAUUAAAAAAAAAGAAAACUAGAUAUGUGGAGGGUAAAGGGGGGAUGGGGGUAAGAAGCUGGGGAGAAGUGUUUAAUGGGGGUGGGAAUAGGGUACAAUGAAGACCAAAAGCAUCACAGUCAUGGGGAGAGAGAACUCAAGCCUCCUCUCUGCACUUUAAAAAUAGACUUAAUGGGUUAGCACAAAUCUGAUCAAGACACACGUCCACAUACAGGUGAAACACAUACAGACUCAACCUGCAGUUAUACAGUUCUAUGAACACAUUUAAUAUGACACUUUCCUCUCAUGCUUGGGGUCACAGCUCAGAGAAGGUCCCUCCCAAUCCUGAGGGACCUCAGAGUGUUCCAUCCUGCUCAAGUCCACCAAUAUUCGACGUGGAGUGAUUCAAACUCUAUCCCAGCCACAGCUGUCUCCAACCACAAGAAGCUCCAAGAGAAGGAGAGGUGGCUGGACACUGCCCAGCAGGCCAAGGAUAGACCCUCGGAGGACUUCUCUGGCCCUGCCUUCCAGCCAUGCUCUCGCUAUGGAGAAAACAAGCAGACACAGCUCCACCCUCUGACUGGGCACCACUGACUCCAGAGUGGGGAAGGAGCGAGGGCAGAGACCUGUGUCUCCAGCCCGUUCUCUCAUCCCCAAACUUCUCUUGGCUUUAUAAAUAACUGUGAACCCUCAUCUGAGGGAUAAUCAGCAGGUGAUAUGGGAGGGGUGGGUGGUUAUUUUAUUUUGCUUUUCAGGAAAGGGAGUUAGCUGAGGAAACAUCAACCCCAGCUUGUGCCAUUCUUUAUGAAAUUAUUUUAAAGGCAAAAGGUAGCAGUAGGGGUGAGGGGGUCUUAAAUAAGCUGACCUACAUGCCUGCUCUCUAGUUUCAUUCCUGGUUUCCAGCUCAGCAAUCCAUCAACUUUAUAACUCAGGAGGGUUCUAGCCCCCACCAAGCUUCUCCACAGGCUAAGCAGUCCCCCACUGAGGCUGGUGAGCUGAGAGAAAGCCUCAGGAACCCCUACUGAAGGAUCCUCAGACUAAGCUCCACAGCAAUGUUCUGGACUGGGGACUCUCCCUACGAAAGAUACCCCACAGGGAACAUUAGAUUGAGAGGUCACACAGGACCUCCCUGCAACUUGGAGACCAACCGACUGAGCACAUCCCCCUGGAAGGCACUUGGCCGAGAGACCCCGGAGGGGAUCAGGAUGCCAGAAGAGACCCUUCGGGGCUUCCCAGAGGCCUCUACUGCCGACCCCUCCUCUAGCACCAGUGGUUCCCUCCGCACUGCCCCCACCCCUUGCUACCCCGUAGUGGCGCUUGCUGCAGCCCUCCCUCAUUGCUUUAUUUAUUUAUUUUGCACCAACAAGGUUGCUGCAGACUCAUUCUCGCCUGGUUUAAAAAGAGAGAGAGAGGAAAAAAAAAAAAUGCUUUCUGGCUCUUUUCUUUACCUCAAUCUUGGCAGCAGUGGCUGCAGUAGCGACAACGGCAGCAGCAGGCAGCGGGGAGUGAGGCACAGGGGUGGUGAGGGGGUCGGGUGCAGCUCAGACAGGACAGGGGCCCCAAGCGCCAACAGAUGCAGUGUCCAACUUGAUGCCACCCUCCCGCUUUUCCGGUAAGUGCCCCUUACCCCUGUCCCAAAGCUGCAGCUGCUCUCUUCCAUAACAUUCUCAGAGGCAAGGCCAGGCCCGGGUGCCUGCUGCCACUGCCUCCGCAAGCCGAUCAUAAAUCACUUUCCCAUAGGACUUUGACUGGGAAACUAAAAUGUCCCAGGAAGGCUCCAAGGAGAUCUCCCCUCCCUUACUUCUGCCUCCAUCUCUUCAGCUCACUCUACCUCUGGGAGCAGUUAUCCGCAACCCAAAAACCAACCAGCAGAUAAUAUUUGGGAUAUUCCAGAAGUCUUUUUCCCAGGACCCCCCUCCCCACACAGGACCCCAGGUCUCAAUCAGAUCUUCUUUUAAAGAGUAUAUCCAAGUUCAACUGUGUUUCUGGGCUGCUACUUAGGAACAAGAGGAGGAAAGCGCCCCAUUGCUUGAGGGGGUGAUGCUGCAGACCCCUCCCCAUCUAAGGAAAGAAAGAAGGGGUCCUGACACCCAUCUGUUCCUACAAAGUGGCCAGAAGCCAGUCCUGUAGCCAUGGAGAUCGGCAAGAAAAGUUCGUGAUUAAAUUAGCCACCUUAUAAAUAAAGAAACGGGGUUGGCCCCAGACCCUCAGCCCCUGGCCCAGCAGGCUUUUCAGACUGCAAGAAAACUCACAGGAGUGGGAAGGAAGGAAGCCAGUUACAUGCUUCACUACACUUCUGUGGGAUGCGGAGCUAGAAGGAGGAGCAGGAACUGCAGCGCUGGUGAUGAAGAGCUAGCUGUCAGAUGCACUUCCCAGAGCAGGCACAGGGAGACCGAGGGAGGCUGGGGCAUUCUCACCCCAAGAACUCUCUGCAUGCUCCAUGUUCCAUGCUCAAGACACCUGUUAGGCUGCGCGGGAGAGGGCUGAGAGGAGUCUGCCCAGCAGCCUCUGUCACUUGCCAUUGUUUCCCAUCCCCAAUCCUGAGAACACUUCCAUGGGCUCCAUCCUGCAUCCCUCUUACUGCUCUUUUGGCCUCUUUCUUCAAUUUCCCAACUACUAGAGUCCUCUGGGAAACCUUGCUGGCGUACUGGGUAAGUGCUUCGGCUGCUAACUAAAAGGUUGGUGGUUCGAAUUAACCAGGUGCUCCUUGGAAACUCUAUGGGGCAGUUCUACUCUGUCCUAUAGGGUCACUACGAGUUGGAAUUGACUCAGCGGCAACCGGUUUGGG